AUGGCGAAAGCAACAGAGCAGAAACAAGACUCUCAUACUGUGGAAGUCACGAAGCUUGAUAUUCGCGAUGUGGUCACCACAGCCACCACAUACGGAGAGGAUAGCCGUCACGGCGGCAGACGCAUUGACGUGGCAAUGUUUAUGUUACGAGCCAUGUGCAUGGCUGCAUCCGCGGUGGCUGUGUCGUUAAUGGUGACAGCACGUGAGACUAGCAUGACCACUCUCUACGGUUUCGAGUUUCAGCUCAACGCCGUUUGGUCUCUCUCAGAUUCCCUCAUAUACCUAGUGGUGGUUUCAUCCGCGACGGUUAUUUACUCAUUACUGCAACUGGUUAUAAGCGGGACAAGACUAUGGAGAAGAUCUCCGGUGAUUCCUACAAGAACACAAGCAUGGUUUUGCUUCGUUGCUGAUCAGAUAUUGGGAUAUGCGAUGGUGAGUGGAGGAUCAGCGGCUCUAGGAGUGACGAAUAUGAACAGAACAGGAAUCAGACACAUGCCUCUUCCCAAUUUCUGCAAAUCUCUAGGUUUCUUCUGUGACCAUCUCGCAAUAUCCGUCGUCUUCGCCUUGUUCGCGUUUCUCCUCCUCGCUCCUUCUUCUAUUCUCGACGUUCUUAGUCUCUCACGCUACCAGUAGAGAAUUAUUACUGUGUUUACCCUUGUCCUUUUGCGUCUAAUUAUUGUAAUGAUGUUUUAUCAUCAUACAAUAAUCAUGUGUUGUUGUUAUGGAUGUUUUAUUUUGGAAUUUGUUUGUUUCAAACGAUGUCAGCGA